CAGAAAUUCACCAUCCAAUUUUUACAAUUUCAUUCUAUAAAUAACGUUCACGGUUCCGAUUGAAUCCCACAAACGAGAUUGAGACACUACUCACAUCACACGCACCCCCCCCUGAAAAUCACAAUGGCAUCUUUAGUCAAAUUUAUCUGCAUUCUUGGCCUGAUCAUAUUUAUCGGAGCCGGUGCUGACGGUCAAUUGGCCUGCGGUGAGUCAAAGACGGCUGAAUCCCUGAGAGAGGAAGUGAAGAAUCUGGAUCAAUGUGCAGUUAUGGCCGGAAACGGUAACUUGGGCAGCAUCCCGAUGUCAAUUUGUUGUGAUGUGAUGAAGAAAUUAUUUGGGGACACUGCAUGUGCAUGUUCCAUUUUGCCCUCACUGAAGGCCCUCCCACAAUCAGAUUGGAUUACCUCUACCCUCCCUGAACUCUGCAAAGUGGAUGUACCCGUCGGUGACAAGUGUAAAGCAACACCCUCUCCUUGAAGCUUGAACUGUUGAAGAUUAGAAGGACGAAAGAGAAAAACGGGCUUUUAUCAGGAAGCUCGGAGUUUAUUACGCUAGCCAGAAACACCUUUUAAUCUUAUAUAUGCUCUACAAAAAUUAAUCGUCGCAAUUUUUUUUUGCUUUUUUUAAGAAAAACUUGUUGCUGGUUGUGUUUGUAUUUGUAUUCAAAUAUUAUCAAG